GUUUGCAAACAAAGAACAGCCACGUGGAGAAUCGGAGAAGCCUGGGAGCUGUCGUUCCGCCCCGAGCGAGAACCACGGAGCAGCGUCGCGCAUUGAACAUCAUUUCCCAUGAUUCCCCGAGAGUCUCAGCUGAGUGGGCGCAGUGACCUGAUUUUUUUUCUUUUUUUCUCUAUGGCCUGACAAGUAUAAAUGGCUUCUGUGUUUACAGUUAGCUGGAUAGAGCUCUUUGUUUUUGCCAUCACCUGAACGACAAAAUGUCCUCGCCGUGUGACAGUUAGGGUUCUGUCUCAUAUCCGAGUGGUAAAAGAUAUCGUAAAAGACACAGAUAAACCGCUUUUAGGACGUUUAUUUGUCUCCUUUGUUUUUGUUUUAUUUUUAUUCUUCACUUGAACUUGAAGAGGAAGCGUCAUCUGGAAACUUCUGCCUAAGAACCCACUGCUCCUUAACUUUAGAGUCCGUGGCAGCCAUGGUGUUGACUCUGAGAAGAAGGACAAACAGAGAGGACCCCGUGAUCACAGAUUCACCAGCUAUGAAACGCAAGGUGUUGGAGGCUGACCAGAAAAACGUGAACAGUCAGGAUGUCCUGGACUUCUUCUCCGGCUCCUCCCACUCAGAGGGCAUCCUGCAGGUGUUCGAUGAGUUUCGCGAAAGCCGCCUGUUCACGGACGUGGUCAUCAGCGUCCAGGGCCGCGAGUUCCCCUGCCAUCGCGCCGUGCUCUCCGCCUGCUCCUCGUACUUCAGAGCCAUGUUCUGCAACGACCACCGCGAAAGCCGCGAAAUGCUGGUUGAGAUCAAUGGCAUCGUGGUGGAGGCAAUGGACUGCUUCCUGUCCUAUGUUUACACCGGCCACGCCAGGAUCACCACCGACAAUGUCCAGUUCCUCUUUGAGACCUCAAACCUCUUCCAGAUCUACACACUGCGCGAUGCGUGUGCCAAGUUUCUGGAGGACCAGCUGGACCCGUGCAACUGCUUGGGCAUCCAGUCGUUUGCCGACGCACAUAGCCUGAAUCACUUGGCCAGUCGCUGUCGCACGUUCGCCCUCAACAACUUCGCCGAUGUGGCUGAGCACGAGGAGUUCCUCCACCUGGGCGCCGAGGAGCUCAAAGAGUACACCGACAGCGACGAGCUGUGCGUCCAAAAGGAGGAGGUGGUUUAUGAGGCAGUGAUGCGAUGGGUGUACCACGACAAGGAACACCGGAGGGACCACCUGAGGAGCCUGCUGCGCAAUGUGCGCCUUCCCCAUGUGAACCCCAACUAUUUAGUCCAGAUCGUGGAGAACGAUCAGAUCAUCCAGAAUUCUCCAGAAUGCUACCAGCUUCUCCACGAGGCCAGGCGCUACCACGUGCUGGGAAACGAGAUGAUGUCACCGCGAACUCGCCCACGCAGGUCGACUGGCUUCUCUGAAGUGAUCGUCGUGGUGGGCGGCUGUGAGAGGGUGGGAGGCUUCAACCUGCCUUACACAGAAUGCUACGAUCCCGUCACAGGCGAGUGGAAGUCGCUGGCCAAGCUCCCAGAGUUCACCAAGUCAGAGUAUGCAGUCUGUGCCCUGCGCAAUGACAUUCUGGUGACAGGUGGCCGCAUCAACAGCAGAGACGUGUGGUUGUACACCUCACAGCUCAACCUGUGGGUCAGAGUGGCUUCGCUCAACAAAGGCCGCUGGAGGCACAAGAUGGGGGUCCUGCUGGGCAAGGUCUAUGCCGUCGGGGGCUACGAUGGCCAGAGCCGCCUGAGCAGUGUGGAGUGUUACGACUACUUCUCUAACCGCUGGAAAGAGGUGGCUCCGAUGAAAGAGGCCGUUAGCUCUCCCGCUGUGGCCAGCUGUUGUGGCAAGCUCUUUGUCAUAGGAGGAGGCCCCGACGACAACACUUGUUCAGACAAGGUUCAGUGCUAUGAUCCAGAAAGCGACACCUGGUCGCUACGAGCCAACAUCCCCAUCGCCAAGCGCUGUAUCACAGCAGUGUCACUCAACAACCUGAUCUAUGUGUGUGGCGGUCUCACCAAGGUUGUCUACUGCUAUGACCCCAUUGAGGACUACUGGAUGCCCGUGGUUCAGACGUUUAGCAAACAGGAGAGCUGCGGCAUGUCGGUGUGCAACGGUAAGAUCUUUAUCCUUGGCGGCAGAGGGGAGAAUGGCGAAGCUUCAGACCACAUCACGUGCUACGACCCAGCGACGGGCAUCAUCACAGGAGUGGCGUCCAUGCCGCGGCCCAUCUCCUACCAUGGCUGCGUGACGAUCACGCGCUACAAUGAGAAAGCCUGCUCGAAGGCUGUGAAAAACACGUAGACCGACACGCACACAUUCAUGUGAGAGCACUGAAACUUUAAGACUCCCCCAAGGCUGAGCACAAACACCUUUUAAUUACUUGGUUCACAGCACUGCUGAGCUUAUUUUACCAGCAUCAUGUGUAACAGUAGUUGCUGGGAAUCUGGGAGAAUAGUUUUACCCCUUGUGAAAUGAUGAUCGAAAACACUAGACUUUGUCUGUUAUUUGAGAUUUGGAGUCAUCAGUGUGGCCGAGUUUUCUCACAGUGAUGCCUGAACAGUGUUGGGAAGCAAUGAAACAUAUGUAAAGGAACAUUAAUUAAGAGUAGUGUCAUCAGUUGUUAAUAUAUUUAACUAAAUCAAUUUAUGCUACCAGGCCAAAUCUAGUGAAUUCUAUUAUUAUUAUUAUUAUUAUUAUUAUUAUUAUUAUUAUUAGUAGUAGUAGUAGUAGUAGUAGUAGUAGUAGUAGUAGUAGUAGUAGUAGUAGUAGUAGUAGUAGUAGUAGUAGUAGUAGUAGUAGUAGUAGUAGUAGUAGUAUAUUUAAGCAUGAGUUCAGUUUGCAGGAAGGUUUUCUGUUUUUGAGAACAGAAAUCUCUAUCUCUUGAAAAUCUUUAGAAAUUGUUUCAAAAAAGGCUAAAACGUAUCAGAGCAGAUGUAACUUCCCAACACUGUGCUUUUUUUGCUGAGAUCUGGUUACUGAUGAGCUGAAGUGGCCACAGAUAGUGCUGAUGAACAAAAACAACUCCAUGAGCCCAAAACGGAACAUUAUCCAGCACUGAUAAGCGGUGCUGUACUGUCCUCUGCUUUGUAGUUCCUUUCCUUUAUGUGAUAAACAGGGUUGUGGUAAGCAGCCAUCGAGGCUGGAUCCCAACAUCAGUGGUGAUAAUUAACACAUAGAGGAACUUAAGAGCAGAGGCUGUACAGCAAUACUGGAACAUGGCCUCAGUUCCUAUCUCUUUAUCAACUCAUUAAACUUCCCACUAGUGUUUCUGUAAUCUGGCUCCAGAUGUGUAAUCACAUUAAAUUUGCGACGCCUUUUAAUUGUGCUUCACUAUAAAUAUUAUGUCAUUAAAGACAUUUUCUUUUUUCACUUUAAGUUAUACAUUUUAUAUUUGGAUUUUUAUUGUAUUAUACAGUUUUGGUGUGUUUUCUAUAUACAAUGUAUACCGGGCUUAUGGAUGGUUUUGUGGAUUGAAGGAGCUCAAGCUUUGUAGAUCAACUUCAAAGACCCGCUCUGAGUAAAUGAUGUGCAUGUUUGGUAUUUAUGUGUGGAUGUAUGGACGUGACCUUUAUGACUGGAUGGGUUGGAGCCAAGGAGAGUUGAUAAGGAGUUUCAGUGGUAGCAUUGCAAAGACACUAGCGCCUGUUAAUAGAAGUCUUCACACUGAUGCUGGCACCUCUCACCUGUACACUCGCAUGUAACGAUGUAACUCUGGGUAACCACAGAUACCUCCAGGUGUGGAUGUGUGUUCACUAGUCAUCUAGGGUGACACGUGUAGCAGUGCUGUACCUCACACAGGAGCGGUGAGAUCUGAAUGGCAUGAUUUAGGAUGAGGUGGCUCGUGGUCAGUAAAAGUCACCUUUCACUAUACUUGGUGUUGAAAGACUAAACAUCUUGCUGUGAAUACAACUUUAAUAUGGUUAAUUGAUUUCUUUUAACCUGUAUUUAAAUGUAUCUCCUCCUUGGUGUGUUAUUCUUUUUUUUUCUUUAACUAAGAGCCCCAGCUGUGCACUUUGACAGGAUCCUAUUAAAUGUAGAAUAAUAAGACAGUAUGACAAGUACGUAUACAAGUAUCCUUUUUUUUACUGUGUCAGUAAAUGUUGUUUGCUUUCACUUGACGAAUGUAAGAGACAGUUAAUGGGCCUUCUAGCUCCUCCUGAUGGCCGCUGCCCGUUAUCACCAGGUGUUCUACCUACAGAUACAAGCGUUGCUAGGACAGCGUGAUGAGAGCUAACGGCUGUGUCCUAUUUUACUUUUAGGGUGUCCGUGGUAUAUGAUAAUAUAGCUACACAGGUUAGGCUUUAAUGUGUCAGCCUCAAUGACAGCAACAGCUUGUUUUCCCUCAAAACAUCCUCCAGGCGUUAAGGAGAAGUCUAUUGCUUCACUUUCAAGCUGAAAAGAAAGCGUUUGCUGGGCUCGUGUAUAAGACCCAUCAGGAGACCUACAAGAAAAGUGUGAUGGCAGAAAGUACAUAUAGUUAGAAAAUAGAAAACUAGAGAGAAAUGUGUGUCUGAUUUUAUUUUGAGUCUUUACUUACAAUAGGACACACUGUCCUGAUUUUUGUUAAUCGCCAGGUAGCCUUCACAAAUUGUCUGCUAUUAAUCAGAUUAUUCUUUUGUAUAUUCUUUUAUCUUUUCUGGUAUUGUCAGUUUUGAAUCCCAUAUGCAAAUUGUGCACCUUAAAGUCUGAAGAGCUGAGUGAUGGAUUUAGUACAAAUGCAGAUGACAAAGGGGAUUUGACUCAGUCCUAAAGGUGACCUAAUGCAUAAAUUGAGCUUGCAUGUGAGAUAAUGGCUUUAAAUUGUUGCUAAGAGCUGCCCUUUGUGCCUUAUUCAAACAAAUGACCGGAUUGUUUUGAUAUGAACUUUUAUUAAAUGUAUGAUGUGAUUUUUUAACAUCAAUAAAGUUUUUCUUUCUCUACCAA